GAACCCACUUCUGGACACAAUUAGAUCUUCAGUUUCACUAUAGUCACCGCACAGUAGAAAAAUUCACUUGUAGAGAGAAAUCUGAAUGUAAUGUUCCACUUUUAGAUAUCAACGAGUGUUCCGUCGGAAACGGCGGAUGUUCGCAACUCUGCAUCAACUUACCCGGAUCUUUUGAGUGCCAGUGUAAGACAGGCUAUAUCAUGACUUAUGACAGAAGAACUUGCGAAGAUAUCAAUGAAUGCGUCGCCAACAAUGGUGGAUGCCAGCACAUGUGCACCAACACUCCUGGAAGUUAUGAAUGUGCUUGUGAUGAAGGCUUUCGCUUAGCUGAAGAUGGACAUUCGUGUUAUGGUAAGUCCUUGGUCGUCAGAAUCUCAAUCAAAAGAAAAAUCAUGAUUGAUUUAGAUGUAAAUGAAUGUCUCGUGAAUAACGGAGGAUGUAGUCAGUUAUGUCGUAAUGAUGAAGGUGGCCGACAUUGCGAGUGUUUCGGAGGUUAUAUCUUGGGAAAGGAUGGGAAAACGUGCAUGGGUAAGUAAUC